UAUAUAUAGUAUACACUCUCUGUCUGAAUGAUGUAGCUAGGGCUAGCUACUUGUAUUCUCUCACUCUGAGGUCUGUGUGUGUCCAUAGGUUCGCCCAUUUUGACGUACGGUAAGAAAUGGAGGUGAAGGCUGAUGACGGUGGAUGCUGGCCGGAUAACGUAGUCGAACUGAAGAAAGGGCCAUGGACACCUGAAGAAGACCAGAAGCUUCUCCAUUACAUCCAACAACAUGGCCACGGUAGCUGGCGCACCCUCCCUCCCAAAGCUGGGCUCCAGAGAUGCGGGAAAAGCUGCAGACUAAGGUGGAAAAAUUAUUUGAGGCCUGACAUUAAGAGAGGAAAGUUCAGCAUUCAAGAAGAACAAACCAUCAUUCAACUUCAUGCCCUCCUCGGAAACAGAUGGUCGACCAUAGCAGCUCACUUACCAAAGAGGACCGAUAACGAGAUAAAGAACUACUGGAACAGUCAUCUGAAGAAGAGACUCAGUAAUAUGGGAAUUGAUCCAACGACUCACAAGCCCAAAAACCACGCCUUCUUCUGUGGUGGUCGCUCCAACGACUUUGCCAAUCUUUGCCACAUGGCUCAAUGGGAAACCGCUCGGCUUGAGGCCGAAGCCAGGCUGGUCCGCGAGUCCAAACUCAUGUCCAACCCUUCCACCCACUUGCUCAACAAACCCACAACCGCAGCUCCACCACCACCACGGCCGCCGUGUUUGGACGUGCUCAAAGUGUGGGCAUGGACGAAUAAUCCUGGAAAACACAUGUCGACUGCUACUACACCUAGUGGAUUGUUAACCUACAACGGCGGCCUUCAAUUAAACUUGUCAGACAACUUGGGCCCCAUCCCAACCGUCGAAUUAUUCGAUCAGAACUCAUCAUCCAUCACAAACAUAAAUCGCGUCCAACUGUCGGGUUCAUGGACAGUUAAUGGACCACCUAGUACUGGUUAUAACUAUGAUCAGGAUGAUGAUGAGGAGGAGGAGGUCAAAGGCAUAAUUGACGACUACUCAUCAUCAAUGGAUCAGAUCCAUGAUAUGAUGAUCAUGACAAGCAACCCUGUUGAUUAUGCUGAUCCCUUAUGGAUUCCAAGCAGCUUCAUGCAGGGUUUCACAGAUCUUCCUCCAAGAAUUAAUGUUUCCGAAACGUCCGGACCUUCUGAUAAUUACGUUUUCCAAGUUGUUGACGCUAAUGCUUUUAACUUAACGCAUUAACUGCUCAUAAAUUCGGGUACUCAUGUUCUUUCUCUCUCAGUAAUUAUAAAG